AUGGCACCAAAGAUUCAAGACGUCAAAUGGAUAGUCGACAUGAUCCGAAAUACCAAUUACCAACUGUUGAGCAUGGUGAUGGUGGUUCCGUUUGGGGAGCAUUUUGCUUCAAAGGAACAACACAUUAUGCGACACAGAAAUGAGAAGAUCUUGAAAUCAACUGCACUUUUUUGCUGUGAAGACGAGACAAUUUGUCGGAAUUAUCUUUUUCAACAAGAGAACGACCCGAAACCUUGUAAAGAGAAUGUUCAGGUUAGUUAUUGAUUCAUUUUUGUUGUUAAUUUUCAUUUUCAGAAAUGGUUCGCUCGUCGAUUUUUGAAUAGCUCAGCCAAUCACCCCAUCUCUAUCCUAUUGAACAUAUAUGGAAAGUAUUAG